AUGCCGCUAUCGUUAGCCGCCCAGAAUGUGCAUGAGGCCAUCGUCAAGCUGCUGCUCAAGAAGGGCGCCGACGUCGAGUCCAAGGACGAGUAUGGUCGGACGCCGCUAUGGUGGGCCGCCUGGAACGGGCACGAGGCCAUCGUCAAGCUGCUGCUCGAGAAGGGCGCUGACGUCGAGGCCAAGGAUAAAUAUGGUCAGACGCCGCUAUUGCGGGCCGCCGGUAACGGGCACGAGGCCAUCGUCAAGUUGCUGCUCGAUAAGGGCGCCGACGUCGAGUGCAAGGACAAAUGUAGUCAGACGCUGCUAUCGUUGGCCGCCCAGAAUGGGCACGAGGCC